AUUCUGUCCAGAAGCGGUUAAAAAUAAACAUUCAUUUGGACUUGUUUGAGAUUGGAUGUUAGCCCGAUGCGUAAGUUCUAAUGUACUCCUGGACAACCUGUCCAUCCUGUCCAUUGCUCAGAACAGUUGUUGCCAUCGAGAGGUUCUCCGAGCUGCUGCGACUUUACAGGAGAUUACAAGGGGUCUCACUUCCGUUGCAGCCACUUCCGUGUGCUGUCCCUUCCCUGCGUAUCACCGCCUACGCAUUAACAGCUUCCCGUCUCACUCCCUCCGUAACGAUCUUCACUGCCUGGCAUUGCCACCGUCAAACAGCAACAACAACAACAACAACAAAAAAACAGGCGCCCAUCUGUGCAGUAAACAACCGCGACUUUGUCCAAAAAUACAUCCACCACCACCACGAUCCCCUUCCCGCUUUACGCACCUCCUUCCCUUUAAAUACCCCAGCUCUUCUUUCGAAAUAUCCUCCAGCCCGAAUCAUACACACCCUCCAUUUCCACAGCUCAUAUAAUCACUACGAAAAAUGACAGCCGCUACAUCUGAAAAAAGGCCAAUGCAGACCAAGAACAAGGUCUUGAUUGCCGCCGUGUCCCUCGUUAUCGUUGCCGGUAUCGCUAUCGGCAUCUACUUCGGCGU